UAGGCUGUCUCCUGGUUGUUUCUACUGUGCCUGUAACAGGGCAGGCAGAGGAGGCCAAGCCUCGCUCUCCCGUCUUCCUGAUGAUAUAAACCACAUCUGUUCGGGGAUCUCUCCGAAGCCGAAGCAAAACAACGGGAGCACAUCUCUAAAAUCUUUCGAGGCCUCUCCGGUCUCCCCCACCUGUUCCUCGUCUUCCCCCUUGAUUGGUGCCGCGGUCGGCCGGUGGUGAUCCCUCGGGAUCUCAAAAUGACGCCUUUCCUAGUGCAUUGUGGCGGUCGAUGACCUGAUUCGGGGGUUUGCUUGAGGAGGGAAGAUGAAGUCGUGCUCAAAGAAGGGUUGGAAAUCCCUCAUGCCUCUUCGGCUAAGUAGGUCUUCCACCCAUUUUUGCAUGUUCCCAAAGGUUCGAUCGGCAAGCCAAACAUCAGGAAAUGCACCGGUUUACCUGAAUGUAUAUGACUUGACACCAAUAAAUGGCUAUAUGUACUGGGCAGGCCUUGGGAUAUAUCACACAGGUGUUGAAGUUCAUGGGGUGGAAUAUGCAUUUGGAGCACAUGACUAUCCAUCAAGUGGAGUCUUUGAGGUUGAGCCUCGUCAAUGUCCAGGCUUCAGGUUUAGGAAAUCAAUAUUCAUGGGUACAACGUGCUUAGACCCAUUGCAGCUAAGAGAAUUUAUGGAACUUCAGUCUGUGAAUUACAAUGGAGACACCUACCACUUGAUCAUGAAGAACUGCAACCACUUCUGCAAAGAUAUCUGUUAUAAGUUAACUGGCAAUUCAAUUCCAAAAUGGGUGAACCGACUUGCUAGGAUAGGCUCCCUUUGCAACUGCCUACUGCCCGAGGCACUUAAAAUAACUGCUGUUCAACAUGGCCCAGACUCUCCAUCUGAGGAUGGCGAGAAAAGGAGGCUGAGAAGUGCUUUCGGCUGUCUAUCUUCGAUUUCUAUGCGACAGAGACAGUUCUCUGCUUCUUCUCUUCUCUUGACAUCUCCUUUUAGAGGGUCCCUUUCGCAUUGGGAUUUCAGAAGGUCUGGUGCUAUUCCAUUGAAGGAUACCUGAAAA